AUGCGUGCACCGUCUUUGCUUGCGCAAUGCUUGCCCGGUUUGUUGCCUCAGGACCGAGGGGGUGUGUCUGCAAUAUCAGAGAAGGAUUUGCAGAUUCCAACACCAGCUGUUGAGAUCAUACCUUCCAAGACAGCAGCUCAUCACAGGUAUUCAGGGGAGAAUCUAGAUGUGCUCGGUUUACAAGUUUUCAAGGGAAAAGUAAGUGUUGCUGAUAUCAUCGGGCUUGCUGGUUCAGAAACUGCUCCUCUAAAAUACGAAGGUUCUCUGAAAAGUUGGGAAAGCUCUAUCGUUCUUGUUAAAGUCCUUAAAAACGAAAUCCGCGAUGGACAAUUAAGCUUCAGGGGCAAAAGGGUCCUUGAGCUAGGUUGCAAUUAUGGAGUUCCUGGGAUAUUUGCCUGCUUGAAAGGUGCUUCCUUAGUCCACUUUCAAGACCUCAACGCAGAAACAAUAAGAUGCACAACCAUCCCAAACGUUCUUGCAAACCUAGAUCAAGCUCGGGACAGGCAAAUCCGUCAGCCAGAAAGCCCACUUACACCGUCAAGACAAGCUGUCUCUGCAUCUGUCCAUUUCUAUGCAGGAGAAUGGGAGGAGCUCCCGACCGUUCUAUCAAUCAUAAGAGCCGAUGUCCUUGAACCAGCUAACCAGGGAAUGAGCUUGAGUUUCUCAGAGGAAGAUUUCAUGGAUGGAUGUAGCAGCCAAGACGGAAGCAUUACAGGACAACAAGAUUUCUCCUCGAGGCGAUCAAGGAAGCUCUCGGGAAGCAGAGCGUGGGAAAGAGCCAACGAGACUGAUCAAGGAGGAGAAUGCGGAUAUGAUGUUAUACUAAUGACCGAAAUCCCUUACUCGGUUACAUCUCUGAAGAAACUAUAUUCUCUCAUAAAGAAGUGCCUGAGACCGCCAUACGGUGUGGUGUAUUUGGCUGCGAAGAAGCAGUAUGUGGGAUUCAACGGUGGAGCAAAACAUUUGAGGAAUUUGGUCGACGAGGAAAGUAUCUUAGGAGCUCAUUUGGUUAAAGAAACUACGGACAGAGACAUUUGGAAGUUCUUCCUCAAGUAG